CCCCUUCGCUGCCUUGACUCAAGGGCGCCGCCGCUUCCUAUACGAGCAUCACGAAUAAGGGUCUCGACCCGAAAUGUCACCCGUUUCUUCCCUCCAGAGAUGCUGCCUGUCCCGCUGAGUUACUCCAGCUUGUUUUUAUGUUUAUCUUCGCACAAAGAGUUAAAUCUCCGGGCCAGGCACGCAUUGUAUUGAUUCAAGUGUCGAUGUGGCUUGGCAGAGCGGGGAUGGGGAAGUGAGCAUGCAAAUCACCCCGGCACAACACACUUUUUUUUUUCUCGUCUCUCAAAAAUAUUUUAACUUCCUCGAACAAGACCAGUCUUCGCACGGACACACACCUGGCGAGCGGGGUAAUCAACACCCUCAAUGGUCCAGAAUGACUGGCUGCUUGCAUAUCACCUGCUAGAGAGGACCAGGCAAGGUGAUCCAGUGUCGUUUCCUCAUUGCCGUUGGUGACACAAACUAGAGGAGCAGCAAUGGUGAUCUGGUACCUUUUACUCAUCGGCUUAUGCCUCAGUCAAGGCCAUGAGGCUGACCAGUUAAAGGACCUUGAGUGCUUCAAUGACUACAUCCAGGAGGUGACCUGCAGGUGGCCUGUCACACCUGACACAAACUGUUCAACUGAUUGUGUUCUCCACUAUCGGAAUUCAUCAUUGAAAUUUUACAACGUCACAGAUAUUGUUGAUCUUCCGGAUUCGGUUUGCCAAGGCAAGUUCAAGGAGCAAAUUUUGCAAUUUAUGACCAACCAUAAGGUAAAUGUCUACUGCAAACGACAUCUGAACCUCUCCAAAGAUAUCAAUUCUUCAAAUACCAUCAAACCUUUGGCUCCGUACAACCUCCAAGUUAACACGUCGCAAGACAAGGAGGCAUUUCUGACCUGGAUGGACUGGUACAUCGGUGGAAAUAUUGAUACAUAUCUGGAGUGUCAAGUUGCUUGUAUGAAGACAGGAGGAAAUUGGAAGGUCUUCCCGUCGACCAAUCAGAGAAUGAUGGUGCUGAAGAACCUGUUGGACCCCGGCUACACCUACCACAUGAAGGUCCAAUGCAGGCCAAAAGCCGACUACGCUGGUGUGUGGAGCGACUGGAGCCCUGAGUGCCAGUGGAGUUAUGAUUCGUCGAAUUGGAUUUCAGCCGCAGUCAUUGCCCUUGUGUGCAUCUGCAUCCCACUGCCCAUUGCUCUCUGCUUCUAUGUUUUCCAGAGAGUAAAGAAGUCCUGGUGGGAGAAAAUUCCAUCGCCCCUGAAGAGCUCGGUGUCGAAGCAAACUUUCAACAAACCCCAGGUGAAUGGAUUCAUAUUCAGUGAGAGCAAGAUUGAUGACUGCAAAGUGGAGAAGAUCUCGUGCAUGACAGAAAUACCGUGGGGGAAGAGCAAUGUUGGCGAGAGCUUGGCUGAGCCGCUCGGUGACCCUGCCUCUCAACACAUGAUGCCGGGCACCGGGUGCGAAGAGAAGAACCCUUUUCCACACUUCCCGGGCUUCGGUUUCCCGGUGAUGACGGACCUGCCCUCCCUUUUCCCGCUGCCCAUCGGGGAUUUGGCGCUGGUUCCCUCGGGCGCACCGGGAUAUUCCUUGUUCAACGGCCUGGCCAAGGACCAGUGGGCAGAGGAGGAAGGCGGCUACCGUCCCUUCGCCGACAACGGAGAUGGAGGCCUCCCGCUGUCCACAUACUCGCUGAGUCCUGGGCUUGGCAGUGAGGCAAGCGGGUCGGCCGGCUACCAGACUUUCAGCAGCAGUGUGGCCAAGCCCUGGGCUGAAAGCGACUGGGACAGCAGUGGGCGGCGGAGCUUGGAGCCCCUGUUGCCACCAGCGAGUCCGUGCAGCAUUGAAUCAUCAGAAUACAUGGCCUCCGGCAACCAGACCUUCACAGCGAGUGGUGAGAUGUUACCAAGCAAAGGUCACUGGGCAGCUUAUAAUUUCACCCUUGCCAAUGGGCCAGACGUCUUGUUGCACCCCUUCCCACCGAUCCCCGACACUCGAGUGCAGUCCUCGCCCUUCCUGCUCAACGUUCCGGGAAAACGGGAAUGCCAGGAACUCCCUGCCACUCACUGGGGACCAGGCCUGACACUGAAUCUGCUUCCCUCUCUCUACCCUCCUGGGAGGGUUACAUGAAGCCAGGCCUGGGCCAGGCGAUGGUGUCGGACUGUCUGCGGUGAAUGAGCCUCGUAGGAUUUAGUGUACGUUAACUAAGAAAUCAGACUCUGAAGAAGGGUCUCGACCUGAAACAUCACCCAUUCAUUUACUCCAGAGAUGAUGCCUGACCCGCUGAGUUACUCCAGCAUUUUAAGUCUUAACUACGCCAUUAUUCUGGUUUAACAGAUUACCAACAUAAAUAAAGGAAGAUGGGUUUAAGAAAUUUGAUAAUAUAGGGAAGAGAAAAUACUCUCCGGCCCUUCGACCCAUCUAUGUCCAGCAACCUGCUUGCCUGAUGCCACUCUAAUACCUGCAUUCAGUAAAUUAUGUUGAACAUUCUUUGCCAAUCAAUGCUGAAGCCAACAUCCAUGUAAACAGAUUGAAUUUAAAAUCUAAGACCGCAGUCUUAAGAGAAAGGAUUGGGCGUUUCCCCAAAAUAUUUUGAGUACAGCAAACCAAGAAAUGUGAUGCUCUUAAUGGAACUGUCUUUACUGACCAGAAGAAGGAGCCCUUGAGUCAAGUAGUAACUUGGUAAUCUUUAAAACGUGAAAUAAUAUUGGAAAUACUUGUUGGGUGCUUUUUAUAAAAGUACUUUUCUCAAAAAAAAAGUGUAUUUUGGACCUUCAAAUAAUAAUGGUUAAGUUUACCAGGAAUUGGUUUAGUCUAAGUCGCAAGUGUGGCUUCUUGUCAGCGAUUACCACCUAGUGUCAGAGAAAUUGAACCAAAAACCACGUGCCUGGGAGAAGCGGGGAGAGGAAGAAGAUGGAAAGCACAGGUUUGGGGGGAGGAACAUAAAAGUGCGGGUGGGGAAGAAGAGAGAGAUCAAGUUAGAGGUAAAGAGAAGGGGAGCGAGAUGUUGAAAGAAGGGGGAGAGUGGCAGAAAUGAGAACGGAGUGAAAUGGCAAAGGAACUUUGAAAAAAAGAGUGGAAGAGUAAUAAAAGGGAUGGGGGCCAGAAAGCGACUGAAGGGAAUGAGGGAAGGGACAGAAUGUAGAGAGAGGAAAGAGUGAGGGGAAUAAGGGCUAAUGCAGAGUACUUGUGGAGUGUUCCCUCCAACUGAAGCUCUCAAUUGUGGUGGGGAUAUUGAAAGUUUCAGCAGGCGUGCUGAUUGAAAGGGCAAACAUGCCAUUGAUGAGGGAGACCUCGUCAUUAUUCCGCUCCACCAUGGACCAUGUUGUAAAUGUGCCUUUCUCUGCAAAUCUGUGAAAAGUGAACUGCAGGUUUUUGACAAACUAUUCUCUUGUAAAGUACUCCAAAAGUGAGUGGCAUCGUUAGCAAAAUUAUAUAGACGUUCAUUUUUAUCAUGUGUACUGAUAGUGAAAAAAAUGUUUUGUGUGCUAUCCAGGCAAAUCAUUCCAUGAGGACAUCAGGUAGUGCAAAAGGGAAAAUAAACAGAGCAGUAGUGUUACAGCUUUAGACAAUGCUUUGAUGAAAAUAAAUACGAGCCACAAUAAUGCAGAUUGGGAAUUUAUCCAUAGGGAAUGCGAGAACCAUUCUUGUGUCUAACACCAGGGGAAAAAGCUGUUCUAAUAUCUACAAUGUAUGCUUUCAAGGAUGUCUUGUACCUUCUGCCCAACAGGAGAUUAACCUGGGUAUAAGAUCUCAUUGAUUAUUGUUGACUAUUUUCUCGAGGCAGCAUGUAGAUGGGAUGGAGAAAGGUUGGCAUAUGCAAUGGGCUAGGCUGUGUUCACAACUCUGCAAUUUCUUGUCUUGGGCAGAACAGUUGUCACGCCAAACUGUGAUCUAUUCGGACAGGAUGUUUUCUAUGGUGCAUGUGUAGAAAUUGGUAAGUCAUUGGAGACAUGAUGAUUUCCAUAGCCUUGAGGAAGUAGAGGCAUCAGUGUGCUUUCUUGGCCAUGGCAUUAUUACGAUUGGACCUAGACAAAUUGUUGGUGAUACCUAGGAAACACCGAGGAAUCUGAAACACUUAUCAACUUCACCACAUUGGUACAGACUGGGUAGGGUGGGUACUCCAUUCUGCUUCCUGAAGCCAAUGACCAGCUGCUCCAUUUUGCUGACGUUUAGGGAGAGGUCGUCGCGCUAAGCUCUCCGUCUCCUUUGUUAACCCAGUUUUUGCAUUUUUGAGAUCUGGCCAACUACGGUUCGCUACUUGUUCAUGUACAGGGAGUAUAUGGGAAGUAUAGUAAGCAGCUGAGAAUGCAGCCUUGCAAGACACCAAUGGUGAGACUUAAUCACAGAAAUAGCAGUCUCCUACUGGCUUACUCACCCCAUCAUUAAUGCAACAUCGGAAUAUAAAAACUAUUUCCAUAUGUAUAUUGUCACUUCCUCAUUUAUGUUUUCUCAUUGCUAAUGUGUUUAAAAAAUAAAUACUUUUAAUUAUUUAAAA